AACUAUGAGUCAUGAGAUACGUAAUUGUAUGUAAUCGAUACACAAUUACCCAUCAAUAGCAUUUUAAAGAUAAAAUUACAAGAACAAGAUUCGUGUAAACGUGGAAGGAUGAAUGAUGAAUGAAUGCGAUGGGUCCAGUUUUGGCAUGUCUUCGAGGGCUGUUGUUGUUGUUGUUGUUGUUGUUGUAACAGGGGAAAGCUAUUGAGCUUCAAAGUUCUUCGAUUCUACAUUUUUUUUCUCUUUUUUUUUUUUUGGUUGCCUUUUCUCUUCCUUUACUCAUACCUUCCUUCUUCUUCUUCUUCUUCUUCGCACAAUUUAUAUUAUCAACCAAUUUUCUCUCUAUGAAAUUCUACUUUCCCCCAAUAUGUUCAAUUUUGAAGAUGAACUCAUAAUUCAACCAGGAAUUUCGUGGUUAAUCUGGAUUCAGCUUCUUGUUAUUCUCCUCCUCUUCUUCCUUUGUUGUCUUACAAUUUUCGCUAUUGAUUUCUCCAAAUCUAGUACUGCUGAUUUCAACUCCACUGCUGCCAUUGCCUCCUCCUCUUCCACUACUCGCUUCCUUUCUCAUUCUGCUCACAACGGGAAGAACAUUCUUCCUAACCCCAAUAUCAGGAUUGGCCCUAAUCCACCGCGUAAUGCGCAGGUUGCUAACGAUCAAAGCACCAGGGGGGAGAUAACAAGUAGUACGAACAGGAGAAUCACACAAGUGGGAGAAGGCACUGUAAUAGGAGGAGAAGGCUCUCAAGAAACCAAAUUAGAUCUUCAUCCUUGUAGUUAUUUCAGGCUUGCUAAAUCAGCUUUUCUCAGAUGCCUGGGGUUGGACUCUUCAAAUGAGAACUCAAUCUCAGAUGAAAGACAAAGAAAUGAAUCAAGGAAAUCCAAAGAAAGUUGAUGUAUGUGUCACUUUACCCAUUAAAUAAAACUGUAUGCAUUAUAUUUGUUAGGUAGUUGUGUCUUUUUACUGUAAUACAUCUUUAAAAGCAUUAUGAUUCUCAUACCGCAUAAGAUAUCAAAAUUGAUUGAUUCAUCCAAA